AUGUCCUCCAAUUCGCCACAGCUAGCCAAAAGCAUGCGUGCCACCACCGAGGGCUUCCUGUACGCAUGGAAUGGCGACUGGACGAGUGAAACUAGACGUACGUCCCUUUCUUACCGGGCUCCGCAGUGCCAACAUAUCAUGCGGCCGGCUACCGUAGCGACGCCACCACGCAGCAAUGAAGAAUGGGGCGAAUACUUUACGCACAUUGAGGGUAGAAUCUUCGAUGGUAAAAUGGUCAUCCUUGACUACUUUGCCGACCUCUCGAGCCGCCGCGCCGUGGCGCACUCGACUUUGACGGCAACAGCAAAGGGAGUCGGGGAUUGGAGCAACGAGUACAUGUGGCUGUUGGACUUUGACGAGACAGGCGAGAAGAUUACGACCAUCAAAGAGAUGCUCGACAGUGCGGCCACGCAGAACAUCAGAGCCGCCUUGAAAGCUGCGGACGCGAAGUGA